UGCUGGCCUAUAACCGCUCAGACCUGGAGCUGCUCAUCAAGGCCAUGAGAGCCAAGGACCCGGCAACGCUGAUGACUGUGUCAGAUGAGGAUAUUGUCCGCCUCUACAUUACCAGGGAGCACCUCAAACACCACGUGCGAAGGGUCACACUGGGAGCUCAGGAAACAUUCCGGCUCAUCCAUCUGGCCAUUGAGGAGCUGAAAGGUCCCGCAGGGCUGGACGAGAGCGGAGUGAGCCUUUUCAAAACACCUGAGGCCAUUGAUGAGAUGUGGGCAGGCCAGCAGCGACACCUGGAGUGCAUCCAGGAUCCACCAGACAUGAACAUGUAUAGGGUGGCGCGUACCACAACCAUUAACAAUGUGGACCUACCCUACUACAAAUGUCUGCGUGGAAGCAACAGCCUGGAAGGAUUCCACAAAGCUCUGCCGAACAUGAUUCCAGGUCCCCACUGUGCAGCACGGCCCUAUCAGGUUUACCUGAUCAGUGGCAUUGCACGGUGGAACUCUGACAGGGAGCGGGAUGCCGUGUUUGGUGGCAAAGGACGGCACCACAGGACCUAUUCGGCGCCGCUGAUUGAUCGCCUCAACGCUCGCUGUCAGCAGCUGUUCGGAGAGACUGUGGAGGAGAAUUUCCGGGCCCCUGCUGAUGUCUCUUCCAACGAGCUGCUCGGGUUGGAGUACCUGUUCAGCCAGAGCACGGGGGAAUCUGGGCCCUUCUCUCUUCAGGACAUUGUCAACGAUGGACCUGGUCCAGAAGAGGAGGUGCUCCGACCUGGGCAGCCUGAUCCAGAUGACGCAGACGAGGCGUACCAGAGCGAUGUGGAGGCACACGAUCGUGCGCUGGAUGCCGUCCUGCCCCACAUCACACUCACCAGCGACGAAACCGCCACUGUUCACCCUCCGGCCUUUGAGGAUGCCUGCAGUCCAAACCCUCUUCCUGGCUUUCCUAAGUUGGAAAUGUUCUGCUCUGUGCUGGUGGAGAUUGGCCUGGCAGAAGAAAAGCUGUCACUCACCACCGAGCAGAGAAACCAGGUCCUUAAAGCCUGGAAUGCCGUGGAGGAGCAUGACAAGCAGCCACAAAAGUUCAACCAGUUGUACAGAACACACUGGGGCAACACCCUCUACUGCCGCACAAAAAGGGACGAUCUUGUUGACGCUGCUCUGAUACAGAGGGUAAAGAUGGCCAAGCGCUACGCACCAGCGCAACAGGACAUCAGUGCUCAGCACAACAGGCUGAUGUACACGCUGGUGAAACUGUUGUGGUUGCGCUCACCUCAAGGCUCUCGCAACAGUCCUGAGAAGAGAACCCUCUUGAAGGCGUACGAGCGAGUCCAGCACCGGAUUUUAGUGGAGGAUCCAGUCCUGUGCAAAGCAGGCAUUCCUCUACCCAAGAUUAACAGCAAGACUGUGCAGGACUUUAUCCGUCGCCAAGAGAGGCUCCUCAACUUGCACGCCACAAAACAGCCCUCCACCAUCACUAAGACCACCUCCAUCUCAUCUGCAGACCUUCCACCAGCACCACAUCAGCCUGCAGUCCUCCCUCCACCAGACUACCCCCUGAUGGAAUAUGUGCCCACACCCAGCACAGCAGGGACCAAGGUGUUAAAGGGAAGGACAGAUAUGAUGGCACCACUACUCUCCCGGCCUCAGCCACCGAUGCCACAUUUGCUACUGCCACCACCAGUGAGAAAACCCAACGCCCCCUCUACCAUCAACAGACCUGUGUAA